AUGACGAGCACCGGAGACCCCAAGAAUCUACUCAUCACCCUGAACCCACAAAUUUUCCUGCACUUUCCGUCACUUUCUCAUCUCAGUUCACUGAUUUUCCCGCCCAAGAAAAUCCCAAGAAACCACCAUCUCUGUUCUCCUCUCUGCCUCUCCAUCAUCUCUGUCUCACUCUCUCUGCUCAUCUUGAUCAUUUUCCUGGGAAUUUCAGCCCCUUUCUUCAGACCCAUUUCUCAGAAUUCAUCUCCCCUGUUCUUUGCCUCUCUUUCAGCCAUUGUUUCAGACUCCAAUGAAGAUCAGCCAACGCUGUCAAGAAGCGCAAUGGCGCCGUUGCCGGAUCACGGGAUUGCCCGGAAUCUGUCCGAGGACGAGAGGCGGUUCUGGCAGCAGCCGGACGGGGAAGGCUACCGGCCGUGCCUCCAUUUUAGCAUCGAGUACCGUAAAGCAUCGGAGAGGAUUUCCAGGGAGAAGAACAGGCUCUUGGUGGUGAGGCUCUCUGGAGGACUCAACCAGAAGAGGAAUCAGAUCAUUGAAGCAGUUGUGAUCGCCAGAAUCCUCGAGGCUGCCCUGUUCCUGCCAGUUCCUGAAUUCUCUGAGAUCUUUGAUGCUGAACAUCUUAGAAAGACUCUACAAGCCGAUGUUCGAGUUGUGUCGGUUCUUCCUUCCAUGUAUUUGGCUUCAAGAGCAGCUGUUGAAGCUCAAAUUCCUCACAACGUUCCUCCAUUUUGGAUCCGUGCCAGGUUCUUCAAACAACUCGAUGAAGAAGGCCUCCUCGUACUGAAAGGGUUAGAUUCUAAGCUCUCCAAGAAUCUGCCUCCUGAUCUUCAAAAGCUUAGGUGUAAGGUAGCCUUUCAUGCCUUAAGAUUUGCUGCUCCAAUCCGGGAGCUUGGAAACCGGCUUGCUAGGAGAAUGUGGAUUGAAGGUCCGUACGUAGCCAUCCAUCUCGCCCUAGAGAAGGAUAUCUGGAUCAAAACGGGAUGCCUGACCGGUUUAGGAUCAGAAUACGACGAAAUUAUCGACAGGGAAAGGGAGUUUUCCCCAGAUUUCCUCACUGGGAUGUUGAACAUGAGCAGCAGUCUAAGGAGACUUGCUGGACUUUGUCCUCUCAAUGCACUAGAACUAGCCCGGUUGCUGAAGGCACUUGGAGCACCAAAAGAUGUGCGAAUAUACAUUGCAGGAGAGCAGCCAUUUGGUGGCAGCCGAGCUCUGGAGCCACUGGUGGCAGAAUUCACCAACUUAGUGACGAAGGAGAAGCUGGUGAAAGAAGGAGAGCUCGCACCCUACAUCAACCGGUCAUCUGUUCUGGCUGCCAUUGACUACACGGUCUCCCUGAGCAGCAAUGUCUUCCUUCCUUCUCACGGUGGAGACAUGGCCAGAGCCCUGCAGGGCCACCGGGCAUAUGUGGGGCAUAGGAAGUUCAUAAGGCCCAGCAAGAGCGCCAUGCUGCCUUUCUUCGAUAAAGCUUCAUCGAUCUCUGAUGCAGAGUUCAGCAGCAUCAUGAAGAAGCUGCAUAGAGGAUCUCAGGGGCAGCCGGAGCCAAGGACUAACAAGAGAGACCGGGAUGUGAUAGCUUACCCUGUGCCGGAGUGCAUGUGUAAUCACUAA